AUGAAGGCAUCCACCGUUCUCCUUGUCCUCACCGCAUCCCUAUUUGUGGCCCAUGUCUGGGCUGCCGAUACCACCACCUCAACGGAAUCGACUGACACUACUUCCACUACCACUGCAUCCACCACCACGGAAUCUACCACUGCCUCAACCUCGUCUUCGUCCUCGGGCACCGGCAAGAUCGUGCGAAUCAGCAACCUGACAUACACGGCCCAGCGUAGGAUCAAAGUGGGAUCCACCACGGCCUCCACCAGCACCCGUUCCCGCAGUGCCAGGGCCCGCCAGGCACGCCUAGCCAAGGCCAGGAAGGCCAAGGCCGCCAAGGCAGCCAAAAAGGGCAACAAGCGAAACUUGAGGAAGAGCAACGGCAACGUUCGCGUUUACCGCGGUUGA